CGCGCCCCCUGGUGACGGAAGCAUGAGGUGCACAUGGACACAUCAGACGAACAUGAGAGUGAUUUACAGUCACAGAUAGAGGAGAUUGAAGCCCUGUCGUCUAUCUAUGGCGAUGAAUGGUGCGUGAUUGACGAAGCGUCGAGAAUAUUCUGCAUCAGAAUAUCAGAGAAAACCCAACAGCCCAAAUGGACUGUCUGUUUACAGAUAAUCCUCCCCCCAGAUUACCCAAGUUCAGCGCCUCCAAUAUAUCAAAUAAAUGCCGCCUGGCUCAGAGGACAGGACAGAAUAACUUUAUCAAACAGUUUAGAGGAACUAUACGUGGAAAAUGCAGGCGAGAACAUUUUGUACCUGUGGGUUGAGAAAAUCCGAGAAUUCCUCAUGGAAAAAUCCCAGAGUUCAAUGACGGACGGACCAGAGACGAGCAGAGCGGUGACGACGGAGGAAGAUUGUCACAAUUACGAUGAAGAUGAUGUUCAAGAUUAUAGCUUGUUAAAACUUGCUUCCAGCCAAUCAGAUGACAACUUCUCUAAUUUUUCAGAUGGUACAUUAGAUGAAGAGUUACCACCGAUACAACACGGUGAGACAAUCACAGACAGACGGAGCACAUUCCAGCCUCAUUUAGCCCCGGUGGUGACUCCUAAACAGGUUAAGAUGGUCCUGAAUAAGUUGUACGAAAACAAGAAGAUCGCAAGUGCCACUCACAACAUCUACGCAUACAGGAUUUGCUGCGAGGAUAAAAACUCUUUUCUGCAGGACUGCGAGGAUGAUGGUGAAACGGCUGCCGGUGGGCGAUUGCUUCAUCUUCUUCAGAUCCUGGACGUCCGUAAUGUGUUGGUAGUUGUGUCUCGAUGGUAUGGCGGGAUUCAACUGGGCCCUGACCGUUUUAAACACAUCAACAACUGUGCCAGGAACAUCCUUGUCCAAGAGGGCUAUACCGACACUUCAGAGGAUGCGUCCAAAGCUGGAGGGAAGAACAAAAGGCCUAAAAGCAAGAAGGCAAAGUGAAAGGCCCAAAACAGCCUCCUACCUGGAACAGAUGGUUUUCUCUCCACUUUAUAAAGCUUUUUAUGAGGAGGGAUUGUCAAACGCCCCAACGCUGCGAGAGACCGGGGACUACGAAUGCACGCCGCAGAAAGAUCGUUGAGGAAAUGUUAAUUGAAGUUUCCUACGAAAGAAAUGUAUAAUGCAUUCAAACUUCAAAGUGGUUACUGUUUUGAUAAAUGAAAUCAAAAUGGAUGGUAUAUAUGCAUAUAUAAUUAAAGAGUUUAACGGUCUGUUGCUGUGCAUUAUGUAGCACUUAAGGUGCUCUCUGUUUUAUGAAUAAAGAUUUUUAAUAAUUUGCAAA